AUGAGGCCCCCAGAGACACUGAGGGUGCAGGUGGAAGGAUUAAAGGCAGGACCCGGACUUCAGGCAACCGCAGGGCGGGGAGCGUGCACGGUGAGGGACAUCCCGGCUCCAAGUCAAGCCGGGGCCAGAACAUCAGCCGCCGGCCCCGCACCCGGCCACCUCCCGGCGCCCCGCCACACCCGUGUGCAGGACCGCCUCCCCGCAACGGUCAGGGCCGAGCAGCCGACCGAGGAGCAGGUGGCCGAGUUCAGAGGGGACGGCGCCAUCAGCACGCAGGAGCUGGGCGCCGUCCUGCGGUCGCCGGGCCAGAACCCCACUGAGGCCGAGCUCCGGGACCUGGUGGGCAAGCUGGACCGUGACGGCAGCAGCACUGUGGGCUUCCCCGAGUUCCUGGGCCUAAUGGCCCGGAAGGUGAAGGGCAGGGACGCCAAGGACCAGAUCCGGGAGGCCUUCUGCGUCUUCGACAAGGACGGCAACGGCCUGAUGGGCGCGGCCGAGCUGUGGCACGUGAUGACCCGGCUGGGCAAGAAGCCGAGCGACCAAGAAGUGGACGAGAUGAUCCGGUCGGCGGACGUGGACGGGGACGAGCUGGUGCGCUACGAGGAGUUCGUGCGCUUGCUGGUCUCCAAGGGCGGCCGCAGCCCCACCCCCACCCAGGGUGUCCGGGGCUCCGCGGGAGGCGCCGGAGGACCUGCCUCCGUUCCCCCGGCCCCUCCGGGCACAGCUCCUCCGCUGGUUGACCUGAUCCAGCUGGAGGCGGGAACCACGGCCCGGUUCCACAUCAGGACCCGAAGCUCCCGGGGCGGCCUGCCUUUGCCGGAUGCCACACGGACCAGAACCGGGGCCUCCAACGAGGCAGCGGGAUAG